AUGCGCCAUACUCCCCUCGGCCUCACCUCCUCAUCCUCCUCGUCCGGCUCCAAUCAAUCCAUCUCGAGCAUCCACUCUCACUCCACGCUCGGCGGGACUGGCCAAUUUGCCGCAUCGCCAGGAAACCCAUUCGCAGCGCCAUUCUCGGUCGCUCGGAACCCCAAACAUCGGCUCUCCCCCUCGCCUUCACCCAGUAAAGGCGGGGACGAGGACUUUGUCAUGAUCUCCCCCGUCCACCCGUCCCAUCCUCAGGUAUCGCCCAAAUCACGCCGCAUGACAGACAUGUCGUCCAGCCCCAUCGAGGACAGUCCUACUCCGGCGUGCGGGAUGGCGAACGCGGCGGCGAGGCUGAAGCUGGCGGAUGAUGAUAGUCCCAUCAGGCGGACAAGCGGGAUGGGGAUGGCGCGAGCGUCAGAAGGGAGAAUGGGGAUGCCACCACCAAGCCCACUCAAAUUCGCUACAAACAACCUCAACAAUAUCCCGCUUUCUGACGGCGAAGCAUCCCCCUCGACGCCUAUGAUGGGGGACGGCCGACCACCCCCUCAACCCCUCUUCCCCCUUCCUCGGUCCCACUCUCAAGAACUCCGGUCUCGAGCUAGCGGGUCCAUCUUUGCGCCCUCCAAAUCCAUGCGAGUCGGCGCCGAGGAGUCCAAGAUUCCCCGAUUGUCCGCGUCGCACCCCCUGCGUGCGCGCGCGUCGACCGGGAGUCAGAUGGACCACGAGAAGAGCAUCCUGGGUCAGAAAAAGGCAAUCUCGCUGGACCGGAUCCAGGCGGCCAUGGUGGACAAGGACGAGGCGUUUGGGUCUAUCGCUGCGCCUGCUGCUGCCCUAGGCCAUGCCAGGCGGAUGUCCAAAGGUCAAGUCGGGGCCAAUCGGCACAAGCGGAUCAACUCGGGCGACCAAAGCAAUACAGUCCAGGCGUCCAUGUCUCGGUCGACAGGACACAAGUCGGGACUCGCCCUCUCCCUCGGCGGUCUCCCUGAUUUCAGCCACUCCAACUCUUCCCUUUCCUCCCUUUCCACCACCAACAUGACACCCCCCGCAUCCACCUUUUCACCCGCCGAACCGCCCAUAUUCGAGGACGUCAAGCCUCUCCAAGAGGCAUUCGAGCAGCCAUCGACCGCGCUCCGAAAGUUCAAGCCAAGAGAUUCAGGCGUCAGCGUGGGAAAUGGCGAGGAUGACCGGCUCAAGAUCCCGCCCAUGUCGGUUCUCCGGCCGUCGGCGGCGUCUCGACCCAGGCGCCCACCCAUGCUCAAGCGGACGUCGUCCAUGGGGGACGAGCGCGAGAGGGAUCGGCCUCUCGAAACUCCCAUCGAGCCCGCGCAGCACAGUGGCUGGCCUGGCGUCGCCGCGUUCAACUUUCUCGGUGCAGCCGGGUUACCCGUCAUGCUCCGGGAGAAGGAGGAGGAGAAGCCUGAAAUGCCAGGAACGCCAGUCAAGCGGAAUCACUUCAAUGGGGGUGGGAGGCGGGGCAUGGGCCACAGCUCCAGUCAGCCAAGUCUGGGGAGCGGCUCAAGAUCAGGAGGGGCGGUAGAGGAUGUCAUGAUGGGGGAGCCUGCGCCGGUCCUGGUCGGAGAAGGGAAAGGAAAGGGGAAGGUCCCGCCGCCGACGAUGAGGAAGAAGUCGGGGACGAUGGGGACGAUGAUGGGCAUGGUCCCUCAUCUGACGCUGAAUGGGGCGGGACCGGGAUCGAGUAGUCCAGAGGCGGAAUGCUCGAGUCCGACCGUCAGGGUUGCUCAGCGCGAGGGGGUCAUGAUGACGGCGGAGAAGACAAGGGUGGGAUUGUUACGGACCAAUAGCGGGAGCGAGAGUGAUGGAACGCCGACCAAGGGCGGAGGAGAGAAGGUCGCUUUAGCAGGUGAGCCCUUUUAUGGCACAACGCAUAGGUUUUCCGCUGACAUUCCAGCCGGCCGACCAGACCUCAGCCUUACACCCUCGAAACCGCCCGCACACGCCCACCCCGUCCCGCUUCACACAUCAUCCUCGAGCGGGAUCUACCCGCGCAUGUCCCUUCCCGCAUUCCCCAACCCCAAGAUCCACCGUACACUCCAUCACCGCCAGUCUCACCCCGCCACCAAACCGCAAGAUGUCCAGGAGGAGGAGGAUAUCUUUGAGACCCGGUUCAUCACGCUCGAGACGCUCGGGAAAGGGGCGUUCAGUACGGUGUUCAAAGUACAGGACAGGCAUGGGGACGGGCUGUAUGCGGUCAAGAAGGCGCGAGGAGUGUUUGAUGGUGUUCGCGACAGACUUCGACACCUCGAAGAAGUUGAUAUCCUCCGGCACCUCUCCCUCCCCCCUUCACCCCAUGUCAUCCGCUUCGCCUCCGCCUGGGAACAAAACCGGCAACUAUUCAUCCAAACCGAGCUCUGCCUCGGUACCCUCGCCUUCUUCCUAGAAGAAUACGGACAAGUCGUCGAACGGCUCGACGAAGCCCGGGUCUGGAAGAUCAUCCGCGAGCUCUCGGACGGGAUCCACCAUAUCCACUCUGCCGGCGUCGUGCACUUUGACCUCAAACCCGCCAAUAUCCUCAUUUCAGAUGCGGGAACGCUCAAGAUUGGGGACUUUGGGAUGGCGUCCCGCGUCCUGAGAGUCACGCCUGAUGAGAUCCUCAAGGGGUCGGGGUUGGGCGGGAUGGCGGGUGAGAGUGCAGCGUCGGGUGGGGGAUGGGAGAAGAUUGAGAGGGAGGGGGAUAGGGUGUAUAUGCCUCCAGAGAUGCUGAGGGGGGUGUUUGACAUGCCUGCGGAUAUCUUCAGCUUUGGCCUGGUCGUCCUCGAAGUCUCCACCAAUAUCUGCGUCCCCGAUGGCGGACCCGCAUGGCACUCGUUACGCACAGACGACUUUACCGUCGUCGAUCUCUCCCCCCUCUCCCCGGCGCUCGCGGACCUUAUUACGAGCUGUAUGGCCGCUGAUCCGCAUCGGAGACCGACGAGCCAGAAUGUCGUGGAUCACCCGGUGAUCGGAAGGGCGAGGACGGGCGGGGCGGCCCUCGCGCCGGAGAGUAAGGGGUGGUUGAGCGGUGUAUUGGGUGGCUUUGGGUAUGCGAUCAAUACGGAGGCGGGGAUGGGGAUGGGGAUGGGGACGGUAGGCGAGGAAGGGGACGUGGAGAUGUUGGAGGGAUGA